GCGUCAUUCCUGUCACAAGCUGAGAUCUCAUUGGAUCCCCGUGCAUUGUCUCCAUCUGUGCCCUCUAAGAAAGCAGCUUUCUACGUCUCUCCACUGCUUCCUCACACUGCACAACCGACAACCAGUCACCAUGACUCAUGCGUAUCCCUCCCUGAGCAGUGAGCAGAAGAAGGAGCUCAGUGAUAUCGCUCAGAGGAUCGUAGCUGCUGGUAAAGGUAUUCUGGCAGCUGAUGAAUCCACAGGCAGCGUGGCCAAGCGCUUCCAGAGCAUCAACGCUGAGAACACGGAGGAGAAUAGGAGGCUUUACCGCCAGCUGCUUAUCACCGCCGACGACCGGGUCGGCCCCUGCAUCGGCGGGGUCAUCUUCUUCCACGAGACCCUCUAUCAGAAGACGGACAAUGGCAAGCUCUUCCCCCAGCUGGUGAAAGAGAAGGGCAUGGUGGUGGGCAUCAAGGUGGACAAGGGUGUGGUUCCCCUUGCUGGCACCAAUGGAGAGACUACCACUCAAGGUCUGGAUGGGCUGUACGAGCGCUGUGCUCAGUAUAAGAAGGAUGGCGCUGACUUUGCCAAGUGGCGUUGUGUGUUAAAGAUCACCUCCACGACCCCGUCCAAGUUGGCCAUCAUGGAGAAUGCCAACGUGCUGGCCCGCUACGCCAGCAUCUGCCAGAUGCAUGGCAUCGUGCCCAUCGUGGAGCCUGAGAUUCUUCCGGACGGCGACCAUGACCUGCAGCGCUGCCAGUAUGUGACCGAGAAGGUGUUGGCAGCUGUCUACAAAGCACUGUCUGACCACCACGUCUAUCUGGAGGGCACGCUGCUCAAACCCAACAUGGUGACCGCCGGCCACUCCUGCCCUAAAAAGUACAAUCCUCACGAGAUCGCCAUGGCAACUGUGACCGCACUGCGCCGCACUGUGCCCCCUGCAGUGCCAGGUGUGACCUUCCUGUCAGGUGGUCAGAGCGAGGCUGAGGCCACCAUCAACCUGAACGCCAUCAACCAGUGCGCCCUGCACAGACCGUGGGCCCUCACCUUCUCUUUCGGCCGGGCCCUGCAGGCCUCUGCACUGAAGGCUUGGGGAGGCAAGAAAGAGAAUGGCAAGGCCUGCCAGGAGGAGUACAUCAAGAGAGCUCUGAAUAAUAGCAAGGCAGCUCUGGGGAAGUUUGAAUCAUCUGGAGAGAAGGGAGCAGCUCAGGAAUCUCUGUUUGUGGCCAACCACGCCUACUGAAGUCAGUCAGGCACGUCCCUAUUCCACCCAGUCACUCCCCUGGUUUCUCAGACAUUCUCAGACACACAGAAGCAGCCACCCAGUAUCACUCCAUUAGGCAUAAGAGCCCAAGGAGUUCCAGGAUAGAUAACCAUUUGACUACACUAGCCAUAAGCCCAGUAAAGAUAUUCUAUCUCUAUCUUUUCGAGUUUGACCUUGCACUUGUUUGUUUGGUGUUGGGCCUAAUCACCACCCUCGCAAACCAAACCUUCAGGUGUGACCUUGUCAAGUGGCUGUCCUUGUUUUCCAGAGGAGAGGUAACUAGACUAGAAGUAUAACACCAACAAUUGUAUGGAACGUUUGGCCCCCUAGGAUCUCAUCAGGUGACAUUAGUUAAGCCAUUGGGGGGGUUGGUCCAAAUUCUCAUGGGGUCUAUCAAACUUACUUUGUUUCAUACUUGCAUUUUGGGUUUAAACCAGUCUCAUGCUUCUUUUUCCUUGUACUGUCUGCAGAGGUCUUUUUCUACCGGUUUCUUUAAGACCGCCCUCGACCGAGAAGUAGAGCCUGCUCUAUUUGCAAAAAUAGUACACAAGCUGUAGGAGACAUUUUCUGGAAUGUGCAUGUGACGGGGAAAGGGAGGCAGAGUAUUGUCUAACGUGUUAGCGUACUAUUAUAACAGGGCCCACCCCCCCUGAAAAAAGAACAAAAAAACGUCUUAGUAAUUUUUCCACACAGACAUUAAUAGGUCUGUGUGGCGCUUGCAGCAGUGGGGCAGAGCACCAGUGUGACUACCCUUUCGGCCAACUAAUACUACCUCGGCCGGACCGUUUGCACGACUACUACACCCCCCCCCUGAAGUUGUAAUCCUAGGAGAAACACUGAUUUGGAACUUCUUUGUUUGGUAUCAUUGUUUUUUCUUUGUUCUGCUUUAAGACUGCAAUUUUUUUAUGCUAACACAGGCAACCAGAUAAAUGUUGGUUGACUUUCAAAAAGCAGCUGCAUCAAGAAUGCAACAGCUUAACUGGUCUUUAACCUGAAUUCACGCUUCUUUGUUCCCUUCACUUGUCAGUGGCUGCCGGCAAUAAAUUCCAAACAUUGUUACCCAAGUGCCGUGCUGCGAACAGAUCCGGUCCAGUCUACAGUGCCUUGCAAGAAUUUACACCCUUUGGACUUUUCUACAUUUUGUCAUGGUAUAACCACAGAUUAAAAUGUAUUCCAUUGUGGGUUUUUUCAUGGACCAACCCAGAAAUAAUCCAUCUGGAGGUUGGGGGAAAGUUUACAUGGAUUUGAUGAUUUACAAGUGAAAAUGUAUGUAUGAAUGUAUUCACCUCCUGCGAAACCCCUCACAAAGCUCUUGGUCCACCGUUCUGUGAAGGCCUCAGUUUGUUAGAGAGCAUUACCCUAUAGGGACAACUAUUAGCUGUGUACGCCACAUAUGUGGCCUUUAUAGAAGAGCGGCAAGAAAGCUGCUGUGGAAAGUCAACCAUAAACCUGGAUGGAGCCAAAUUCAGGAAAAUCCUUGAAGAAAAUAUGAUGCAGUCUGCAAACUUGAGACUGGGGCUUCAUCUUCCAACAGGACAAUGACCCUAAACAUGAAAUGUUUUGGAUCAAAGCACAUUCAUGUUUUACAACGGCCCAGUCACAGUCCACACGUCAAUCCGAUUGAGAAUCUAUGGACAGAUUUGAAAAUGGCCUUCAUCCAAUCAGUCUGAGCGUCAACGUUUUUGCCAAGAAUGGAUGAACAUUUCCCUCUCUAUAUGUGCACAGCUGGUGGAGACAUUUCCCAAGACUUACAGGUGUAAUUGCAGCAAAAGGAGGUUCUACAAAGUAUUGACUCAGGGGAGUCCAAUGUCAACUCUCUGUUGUUCCCAUUAGUUUGUCAUGGGUAUUUUGCACCUUUUCAAAAGUACUAUGCAUGUUGUGUUGAUCAAAUGGGAAACUGCACUGAAGCAGCGCUUUUAGCACUUUGUAGACUAGCUACAAAGUGGAUAAAUUGAUUCUUGUUCUAGGUCUGUAGUAGUUGAAAUGCACUCAUUGGAAAUGGUUUUGGAUAGAAAGAAAGGCAUCAGCUGAAUGACAGGCAAUGUGAUCACCAGCUUGAGAGUGCCGUCCAGCCCACUGGGGAUCUGGUUAUGGGGGUGUGAACUAAGUCAAUAAUCUAAGGAUAACCUGUAUUGUCAUAUUUCAGUUUGUGGGUUGGUAGGCACAUUAGAUACACAUCGCUAGUAUGGGAGGUUUUCAUCAUGUGUGCCCUUUAAAUGGCCGUAGGCCCAUAUUAAACCUCUGCUGCAGAGACAUCUAGUGAUGCGUAGUUGAUUUCUACAACCACAGAUAUAGCAUAAGUUGACAAGAAUCUGUAGUCUGACCACUACAUCCUACACAAUGUACUUUUAAACCUAAAGCAGAUAGAGGCCAACCAAGAAACCGUCCCUUUUAGUUGCAGCACACAGUGGACUACAUCACCCUUGAUUAUUCCUCCUGACUCAAUCAGUUCCAGUUAUCCUAAAAACAGAGCUAGAGCAUAAAAACAACCAGUGGAUGUAUGUGGGGUAGGUAUUUUUAUUUUAAAAUGAGAUUUGAGUAAACGAGGCUUCCGUCUUGUGUAAGUAGAGCAAAGUGCGUCUCCUACCAG